AUUGCCCACUGAUGAUGAGAGAGACAAGGAAAAAAAACUUUCCAAUAUAAUCAGCUAAUCAACUUAAAUCAUCAGUAACAAUUAAAUACUCAGAAAAAAAUUGACUUUUGUUUUACUUUUGCAAGAAAAAAAAAGUUGUUUAUGUUUACAUAUCGAGAGGAAAAAUUGUUUGCAAUUAAAAACAAAUCUCAACAAUUAACUCGUUGUAUUGUGUGUGUGAUGUAAAUUGGUUAACUUUGAUUAAAUACAACAAAUAGUUAAUUAAUUUAACAAAUUUCUCAAAGAAAAAACAAUCAACAAUCAUCAUCAAUAUGGAUCAAUUAGUUUCAACUACAUCAAACUUAUCAACAAUCAACUCAAUCACCACCAGUCAACAUCAAACAAAUAUUAACAACAACAACAACAAUUUAAUCAACUCAUCAUCUUUAUUAUUAUCAUCUAAUUGUAAUAAAUUAACAGGUAAUAACAGUAAUAACAAUGGCUCUCGAAAGAUGGACAAACCUCCGUUAUCUUAUAUUUGUCUAAUUGUGAUGGCGAUUCAAAACUCGGACAAUAAACGGGCCACUUUGGCGGAAAUUUAUUCGUACCUACAAUCAAAGUUUCCGUGUUUUCGAGGUGAUUACAAGGGAUGGAAGAAUUCAAUUCGUCACAAUUUAUCCCUUAACGAGUGUUUCAUUAAACUACCAAAGAACAUCGGUAAACCGGGUAAAGGUCAUUACUGGACAAUUGACCCUUCGUCCGAGUGUAUCUUUGAAGAGGGUUCAUUCAGACGGAGACCUCGAGGUUUCCGUCGGAAAAAAGGUCUACAUGGUUGUUUCUCUGGAAACCAAUCGAAUCAUCAUCUCGAAGGCAAUGGACAUUAUCAUUCACACGAAAGUGACCACAGACUAAUAUCUUCCUCAUCCACUCCCACCUCGACAACAACAACACCAUCGACAACAGUAACAACCACAAACUCAACACCAAGUUCAUCUUCAUCAUCAACAACAACGACAAUUCCUAUUGAUUUACUUGCUCCCCCUUUACCACCACCACCUCAUCAUCAUCAUCAUCCUCCUUCUCAUCCUAAUCAUCUUACACUUCCUCUUACACCUUUACCCUCAUUUCAACCUCCCCCCUCAUCACCCUCAUCAUCUUUAUCAUCAUUAACGGUAUCUAAUCACUACUCAAAUCAUCAAUCUUAUUUAACUCCUCAACAAUCAACACCUUCAUUUACUAAUCAUCUUCAUCAUCCACAAUCUCAUCCUCAUCAUCAUCUGGAUUAUACUAAUUUCUAUUCAAAUGUUAACAGUUAUGUUGGAUUACCAGUUGAAGUGACCACUAGUUCAUCCUCAUCAUCAACAACAACACUUACAACAACCACAAGUCCACCAAUAAUUAAACCUUUAAGCUCAAACGGAUUAAUUUGCCAAUCAAGUUAUUCAAAUGAAAUUAAAACUGAUCAACAACAACAACAACAACAACUUGAUCAUCAUCAUGGGCCAAUAACAGUAACAACAACAUCUUCAUCUUCAUCAUCUUCCUCAUCUUUUUCAUCCUCAUCCUCAUCAUCGUCACCAUCAACACCCAACACACGUAACGUUAAUACACCGACAAUUAAACAAUCAACUAAUUUAAUCACCAACAAUCAACUUAUUGAUUCAUCUGGAUCACAAUUAACUCCAACAUUUGAUUACUCCAACAAUAAUAAUAAUCAAAUCAAUUCUAAUUCUAAUGGUAAUCUUAUUUAUCAUCCUCAUCUUCAUCAUCCUUCAAUACAAGAUUAUCCAUCAUCAUCACCAUUUACUAAUGAUUAUACAAGUUGGUUAAUUGUCUCAAAUAAUCACCAUCAACCCCAAUCAACAAUUCAAUCAAAUCAAACUUGUUUAAAUUAUUUUCCUCAUAUAACUGAAUCAUUUUGAUUGUAAUCAUAGUAAAUCAAACAUGUAGUUUCAAAGUCAACAAUCAAAGUUUUCAAUUAAAUCGUAAUUUAAAUUCAACUA